CAACGGUCGUCCCCAUAGUCGGGGUCCUGUCUAGAUUUCUGGAUUCCCCUUGAAAUGCGAGUCCCCAGUUGCGUUCCCGCAACUUUCAGCCUCCAUUAUUAUACGCACAUUUAUAAUGUCCUCCGACGAAGACUGCUUCUCCGGCUCCACCUCUUGCCACUUCACCUGCCCCUCGGGCGGAACCUGGUACGUGUGCCCGGAUGAGCCCUACUUCAUCGGCUGCUGUUCGUCCGACCCCUGCACAGACAGCAAUAUCACAUCGCCCUGUCCAGAUGUCUAUGCCGCUGCCUUCGAUACCUCUAUUUUCAACUCUAUCCUCCCAAAUGCCUGCAUCAACUCCGCUAAUAACAACUGGUACACAUGCAACCUCACAUCACCUCCAUUUCUAGGAUGCUGCGCUUCAGACGCUUGCAAUAGGAUGGAUGGGUGUCCGGCCGGUGAUGUCCUUGCCUCUGCCUGGAGUCAGUCGCGCAGGGAUCAGUUGGAGUUGUUUGAGGAUGCGGAUGAUGGGAGUGGGAGUGGAGGAGGGUUAUCGGGUGGAGCGAUCGCGGGGAUAGUCGUUGGGUGUGUUGCAGCUGUAGCGAUCGUGCUAUUAGCGGCUUGGUUCCUUUUACGGCGUAGGAAGAAGAGCCAGGUUCCGGCUGGGGGGGCACCGUCGGUUGCAGAGGGCGAGCCGCAGAGGAUGCAUCCAGGGGAAUAUGGGGAUCAAAAUCCGGCGUCACCUUAUCAGGACUCCUUCUCCAGCCCGGGAACAACAGUCGGCGGGAAAUACCCGUCCGGCUCCACAGGACUCAGUCUCCCCUCGCUCUCACCACCGCUCCCAUCAGAAAGCGGACGACCAAUUUUUGAGCUGUACUCAAAUACAGGGAGUGAUCAGAAUCCUCACCACCAGCAAUCGUCAAGCCAUAAUCAGGGAUUGGGUAUGUUUGGUGCGCAGAAGCCGGAGACGAUACCGGAGCUGGAUAGUGCGGUGAAGCCGCCUGAGGUGCAUGAGAUCGAUGGGGGGAGUCGGUCGUGAUUGUCCACAGUGACUGUCGGUCGGUAUAUAUAUAAUUGAUAUAUGGAAGGUUAGUUAUUGAACCGUUGUGUUGUAUUGUAUUCCAGCGGAUAUCUAUGGUUGUAUGUAUGUAAUAAGUAAUUGGGAAAAGUUUACCCGCUAUGCACUAUAGUAGUCUAAUAAACCAAGGUGAAGGUAGCUACAUUCCCCGAUUGCUUUGACAGUACCUCUACCAGCGAGGACUGCCGGACGUACCCUCGAAUUAUAAUCAAGAUCACCAUCUAUGGCUAAUAUCAAGGCCAUCAAUUUGGGGAUUGGGAGUGGGGUGUAGGGGAUGGGAGAGAAAUGUAUAAGAGUGUCUCUCUUCGAUAGCUACCUAGCUAGAACCCAUGAGAAGGAUGGC